ACGCGUAUAUAGCUCAAAAUGCCAAAAAAAUUAGCUCAAAACUGCUUCUCUCUCUUCCUUCUUCCUCCAUAAAACGGCACGAUUUCUGCAACAACUGCUCCGUUUCGUCGAAAACACAAUCACACAGUUUUAGAGAGAGAGAGAGGGGAGAUGUAUAAGAACCAGCUACAGGAGCUGGCGCAGAGGAGCUGCUUCAACCUUCCAUCCUACACGUGCAUAAGGGAGGGUCCGGACCACGCGCCGCGCUUCAAAGCCGUCGUCAACUUCAACGGUGAGAGCUUCGAGAGCCCCUACUUCUGCUCCAACCUCCGCCUCGCCGAGCACGCUGCCGCCGAGGCCGCCCUCGCCUCCCUCUCCUCCCGCGGCCCCUCCCACUCCCUCGCCGCCCGCAUCCUCGAUGAAACAGGGGUUUAUAAGAACCUCCUGCAGGAGAUUGCACAAAGAGUUGGAUCUCCAUUGCCUCGCUACACAAUCUAUAGGUCUGGUUUAGGGCACUUGCCCGUCUUCACAGGAAUCGUGGAAUUGGCUGGAAUCACGUUUCAGGGAGAACCGGCUAAGAACAAGAAGCAAGCAGAGAAGAAUGCAGCACUUGCGGCUUGGCUGUCGUUAAAACAAUUGGCACAGAAAGAUGCAGGCUCUUCCCUCGAACACGAAAAUACUGAGGAACAGGAGCAGAUCAGAAUAGCGAGGGCCUUGCAGAACUACCGAAUGAAGGAAAAGAUGGGCGUGGCUGGCUUAGUUAACAGCAUCUCGUUACCAUUUCUACAAAAAAAUUCAGUUCCAACUCCCCGCCCCUCUAGUCCACAGCGCCCUCCAAUGUCCGUAUCCAAAAUCCUCCCCUUGUUUUGCCAGAAAACUGCUUCUCGGAGUAGGCCCCCGUCUAUCAUAAACAACACAACUUUGCAGCCUUCACCAUCAUCCCUUCCUCGGUCAUCAGAAGUUGGGAAUACACAUACUCAGAGCCAGAGGCAUCCUGUUGUUGGGGCAGCUCCUUACGUCCCCGUCAACCAAUAUAGGACACCUUACCAUGGGAUUGCUCCGCCCGUUACUAUGAGAACAGCAGUGCCAGUUUUCUCAGCACCACCUGCUGCUCGAGUGAUGCAUCCCCGACCAAGUGGAGUAGUCCCACCAGUACGUAUGAGGCAGGCGAUUCCUGUCUUCUCAGCUCCACCGGCCCCAAAACCACCCUCUGUCUCGGCUGCCCCACCACCCUCGGAGAAGAUGCAGCCACCUGCAGAUGACAGCACUUGCAACGUUGAUGAAUCUACCGCCAUCAAAUGCAUGGAGCAGCUCGAGUUAUGACUCCAGCUGCAGACGUAACACAAGUACGCUGGAAUGCAACAUGUCUAUGUUGGCUUUUCUUACUCUUUUUUCUUUAAUUUUACGUAUAAUAUUUUUUGUCCACGGGAUGCACGGCAUUGAUGCAGCGCACCCCGGCCGAGGUAAUGGUAGGAGAAGAGCCCAAAUUGGUAGGAUUUUGGAAGUAAGACUGGAUUUAGGGAUGUUAUAUACAGUUUAAGUAUGCUUUCUGUUUCAGUGGGAAACACAUGUUUUUGGUGUAAAUAUGAACUUGAAUCUUCAGUAAUCCACCUUAAGCAUAUGAGUGUGUA